CAACCGCUUAUACGUACGUGUCGCCCGCAGCGAGGGCAAAUUGACCGGAACUCGUUCAGGAGGAGAUGAAGUAUAGACGUUCAGGUGCGUAAUUGUCUGGAGUAAUUAGACCGAGAAACCCUCACACUUACAGAGGACAUUUAGAGGUUCUACACUAAACUGGACACGGUCAGUUUGUUGCUGAUAAUUGGUGUCGGAGCUGACAUUAUUUCUUGUCGAUUUCAGUGAAUGUAAAAGUAAUAGAUAUGGAUAAGUUGCGGACAUAAAGAGCGACGUCUACCGUGUGUUGUGACGGAUCUCGGAGGAAUUUCACUAAAACGUGUAUUGUUAAGAAAAACUAUACAUAAACUGGUUAUGCUGGUUCUGUUGAGGGACAUUUUAAACACCAGGCGGUAAUCGUGGAUAUGUACGUUAAUGAUUACCGUCUAGAACUUGUCAAACCUGAAAUGGAUAUAUGUAUUGACAGCUCGCUAGUCGGAUUUCAUCAGCGUUAAUGACACUGGGCAAGUAUUUGGAAGAAUCAGAAUUCGAAAAGAAUAAAGAUCACCAUGGACCGGUCUAAUGAGUAUAAUUUACGCAUGUCCCGGAGAUCACGUGAUCGACGGCGAAACCACGAACCCAACAUGUCGGUUAAGUCCGGUACAUACCAAAUCCACUUAUCUAUACCGAAGUCGAUGCUUCCAGGAAAUAUUUCUAUCAAGGCGGCCAACAGCCGAGCACGUCCUUUGUCUCCAUUCGAACGACGACCCUUGUCGCCGCGUGCACAGCAAGCGAAGUCGCCUGUAGAGCAUGCGUACAAGCCAACAUCACCAUUUGAGAACCAUUCAGCAUCUCUGUCACAACCGGCACCACCUACACGACCUUCAAUGUUCUCCGUGUCUCUUCCAAUGGAAAAUAUUACGCCUAGGUCAGCUCAAAAUGGACAUGCUUUGACUGUCAUACCUGAUCCAAGUGAGCUGCCUCCAAGUCCGAGACAAAUUCCGAAUGGACACGUCGUGACCCCUAGGUCAAACAUAAAUGGACAUACGAUAUCGUCUAAAGUACCACCGCCAUUGGACCUGUCAUCAUUAGCCAAUCAAAGGUCACCAAACGGUGUGAAAAAGCAUUAUGAUCCAAGGUCGCCAACAGUUUCUCAAAAUUUCUACAGGGUAGGUUCAAGGUCAGCUAAGGACACUGUGAAUAGGAGUAAAUCGUUCACAGCGAAACAUUACAUACAGAAGUCUGAAAGGAAAAGUAGCAACACUUUACCACGCUCAACGUCACCAUUCAAUUUCACCUCCACCAACGGAACCUUCCCAAGGUCAAUGUCGCCUACUGCGUCCACGCCAAGGUCGCCUGUCAACGAAUCACCAAGGCCAAAAUCUCACGUUGCCAUGGUAACACCUAGUGUGUUUGACGAUUCCAUGACAGCCAGAUCAGUCCUGGAAACAUCCGUGACCAGUCAAAGCAGUUUCCGGGCCAACAUGUAUGAGACAUACAGAGACCUCUGCCGACAGAAUGACAUGAUGUUCAAGGAUCCAGAUUUUCCAGCCAUGGACGAGUCGCUUUUCCGACAAGGAAAGUCACCGGUUGGUCAGAUACAGUGGAAACGUCCCGGGCACUUGUGCAAGAAACCGAGAUUUCUUUCCAAUGACAUCACGAGCUGUAAAAUUCAGUCUGGACAACUAGGAUCUAACUGGCUUAUCGGAUGUUUCACCUGUUUGACCAGUGCGCCCUCCCUAAUGAAACAUUGCAUACCGGUAGGACAAGAGUUUGACGACAAAUAUGUUGGUAUCUUCCGCUUCCGGUUUUGGAGAUUUGGACAAUGGACAGAAAUUGUCAUUGACGAUCGGCUGCCUACAUUAAAUGGCGAGUUGCUCUACUCUCGCAGCAGUGACCCAACAGAGUUUUGGCCAGCUUUAUUUGAAAAGGCAUACGCAAAACUCCAAGGCUGCUAUGAGGUUUUCCAAGGUGGAGUAUUGGGCUGGUCCCUACAGGACAUCACUGGGGGAAUCACCAUGACAACGAAUAUACAGGACAAUCCGAAAUUCGUCCAGAAAGUUGUAGAUAUAGGACUAUCAAGAGCCUCACUGAUCGGGGCGUCAAUACAGAUUACGACCAAUGUUAAGGCACAGACGAGCCCGGCGGGGCUAGUCACUGGUCACGUGUACAACGUCACUGGUUAUGCGGAGCUUCCAAAGAAAUCAGAAACCGAGGUGCUCGUGCGUCUAAGGGACUGCUCAGGGAAGUCCAACUGGCGAGGAGCUUGGAGCGAGGGAUCAAAAGACUGGAGUGAACUCAGUGAUGAUGUCAGGGCUCAGGUCCGGAACAGGAAGAUGGAGAACGGAGAAUUUUGGAUGUCAUUUGAAGAUUUUAACCGGACAUUCACCUUGCUGGAAUCUUGUUUUCUUACACCGGAAUCAUGGAAACUGGAGCCUAAGAUCCAGUACCGAAAAUCGUGGCGGUCCACACAAGCACCAAGGCAGUGGCGCUUUGGAUUUAAUGCGGGGGGUCCACACGAUUCUCCCAUGGCGUUCAGUAACUGUCAGUUCUUCAUGGAACUUAAGAAGCCAUCAUGUGUCGUCCUGUCCAUUCUACAGAAAUACAGGAGUACCGUCAACCGCGUUCUUUCUAUCGGCUGUCUUGUUUAUAGUGUACCAAAUGCAUUGGAAACCAGGCUAGGAUACUCUGAAUUUAAUCAGCUCAAACUGUUGUUUUCGACGGGACUUCGUCAAAACCGUGAAAACGCAGGAUUCUACAUACUUCCAGCAGGACAUUACCUAGUACUUCCGGUGACAGCCAACCCGGAAAUGGAGGGGAAGUUCAUGCUAAGAAUAUUCACAGAAGGAGAUUCAUCUGUCAGAGAGUUGGACGAACAGGACAAAGCCAUUCCAUAUCAGUAUGACCGGAAGCUAGACACAACCAGUUUAUAUGCCUUCCGCCGGAAGUUCCUCUACGCCAUCAACCAGGACGAUGAGCUCGAUGCCAAAGGUCUACAGAGUAUCCUGGAACACAAGCAGAGCGAGCUACGUAACCUUUGGUGCUGUAGUCCUGGGAACGAGGAUGGUUUUAAGUUUAAGCCACUACGACUGUCUGUCGACACGUGUAAAUCCGCCGUGGCCAUCACUGAUCGGGAUUUAAAUGGCCGCCUUAACUACGACGAGUUUACCCACCUACUCCAUCUUCUCAUGCAUUGGCAGGAAAUCUAUCACAAGAUGGCGCACGGAAACGGUGACAUGGAAACGUACUCGCUGAGGAAUGCGUUGAAAAUGGCGGGUUUUACCGUCAGCAACAAGACCCUAGAGGCGUUGGUCAUCAGGUUUGCUAACAAAGGGGCAAUAACUCUGGAGUCCUACGUCAAUGCCUUGGUGAAGUUAAGCGUGGCUCAUCAACGCAGACAGAACCUGCCAAAAGACACCUCGCAGGACCAGAGUGGAUUCCUCCAGGAGCUCCUGCGAACAGCCAUAUAUUCCUAGGCAGCAUUAACCAUGUCAUACCAUGUUGUUCAUCCAGCAGUCUAGAAAUAAGCCCGAAAUGAUUGCUUGUCCAAUACCUUGCCUAACCAGUCCUGUCCAGUUCCAAACCAUCUGAGGAUUUUCUCCUGUUAAAUACUUGACAAUAGGGGAUCAUAGUCCAGUACCUGACAUAAAGAUACAACCCAUGCAGUCCAAUACCUUGCAACUAGCAAGACGUGAGUCCAGUCCAGUACUUAAAAGACUGAAUUGGAUAUUUAAAAUGAGGUCUCGAUUGGUUUAAAUUGCGAAUAAAGGAACGUCAUUUACAACGUUUACUGCAUUGCUGUAUAUAAUUAAAUUGACAUCCAUGCAAAACAUGGUCAUCUUCUGAGACCAACGUUUUUCUGCAACACCUAUUACAAUACAUUGAUUCCCCUUACGAUCCUCUGUCUGCAACGUUUUACCUUUCUCUCGGUGCGCAACGUGCAAAUUAUGUGGUCUGGAAACUGAUGAGUCAUAAAGGAUACAUUGCAAUCAAUCGGACAAAUGUACAAACAUACCAGUGUAGAGUGAAUUGAGUAUCGUAUAUGUAUGUAACGGACCUGCAUAUGCAAACUGGCUCUUUAUCAUAUGUGUGACCAUGAAUUAGAACAAACAGAUUGGGUAGCCAUGGUCUUUGUGUGUGUAUAUUGUAAGAACGAGUUGUGUGUUGUAUUAAUUUGUGUAAACUCUUAUAUAGAAAGGAAGUCUUACCGACGAGCAUGACAGGUCUUUAUUUUCAAUUCAUGUCAUAACAGGGUAAAACACUUCUUCUAAAUGAGUUUCACUUGAUAAUUGAUUCCGCAACUCUCUAAAAAUAAAUGUCCUCUGAGUGUUACAUAUCAAUAAUGCCGUCAUUCGGAAUACGGACGUGGUCAUCACUUAUCUAAGUUUAUAUAUAUAUAUGUUUUAAUGGGGAGUCUAUUUAUGACGUUUUGAGAGAAUGUUAAAUAACUGAAUCAGGUACAUAUUACGUUUGAUUUAAUAUUAUGUAAGAUAUAUGAUUGGUUUAGUAUGUCCAGAAAAUAAGAAUGGCUACAUAAAGUAUUGCAGAAAAUACGAACACUAUAGAGAGCCAAAGGUCAAAAGUAAACUAUGCUCAAAGCAAUCCCCAAGUUUUGUAUCCGAGUAUUUUUUAAUCGUACAUCCGAGAAAAAACCCAUAGAUAUAUCACGGUAAACAGUAUCCGACAAUUUUAAUAGAUUAUAUUCAACUAUUUUGAGAGCGUUAGUGUAUCCUAUUAAGCGUUAUCCUUUAUUUCCUAUAUUAUGAUAUGGGCGACCUGUCUGUACAGUUUAGCCGUGUAUACGCCGCACGUGAGUUGUCAUUACAGACAGAAUUGUGUACAACAUUACCCAGAGUAUAACGAUAUUAUUGUGGGAAAAAAGGGAUUUCUUAUAUAUAUAUACUUUUAAAGAAAUAUUACAGAAUGAUUACAGUGAUUUUAGUGGUUAUAUAUAGAUUUUAUAUUUUCAGUAAAUUAUAUAUAUAUCAACUUAUGUUUUUGUCUAUUUGGUUCCUUUACUUUUGAUAUAUCAUACAAAACAUAUCUUUAUUACAUGUUGUGAUUUACCCUUACUGAAAUAUAUUUUGUACCGUUAAAAAGUUGUUUUCUAUUUGUCUGUCUCUGUUAAUGAUUGCGAUAAAAUCAGAGAAAACCUGCUCCAUAGUGACACAGCUAUGACAGUAACGAAAUGAGUUCCCAUAGAUGGUAACACCAUUAUUGAAGACAAAACGACUGAGAUUGUAAAUAAAAUGGCAUUGUCAGUCUGUAUUGAUUAACUUUACUAAAUAACCUCUAUCAUCUAGCCAAUACGGCUUCACAAUAAUGAUUUACUGCCUGUGAAAUAUUUAACUUAAAUGUAGCAAAUUCUAAACAUGAUUUUUUGAGCUAACCUUAAACGCAUUCGUGUAAACGAAACGCGCAUAAUUACUAGUUGUUUCAUUUGCAGCCGCUUAAAAAACGUAAAAUCACUCUCAUCUUGUGUGUAUGUACAUCGUGAAAAAUGAAUCCAGUAAGAAUAUGUCUUUUAAAAGAUUUUUAUUGCAUUUAACCCAGUCAACACAUAAAACACGAUUUCACUGUCAUAUACAGCUGUGAAAAAUCGUUUACAACAGUCUGCACAGCUUAUCUAGAUACAAUUGUUAAUACUAGCUGGUAAUUUAUGUAUACAUACAUUUUCGGCAAGACCUUUUAGCUCAUGGUGCCAAAUAAAACAAUUAAGAUUUAAAAUAUUAUUUAUCUGUACUAUAUGUAUACGUUGAUUUACCUGUACAACAUGUAAGUGUAUUUACCUGUAUGUAUAUUUAGCUGUACUAGUUUAAGUAAAACAACAUGAAAUGGUCUUUAAGAAAGGUGGUGAUAGGUUUUGAUUCCACAAACAUACAGAAAAAAUCCUUCAUUCGUUUAUUUACAAAUCCAUGAUUAGCACGAAUGUCCCUCUCUUCUGCGUCGGUAAACCUGCGCUCUUUUAAAGGUGUUCAAAUUCCCUGCUUAUACUGUAAUUCAGCUAUUUUUCGCGGGACCCAUACAUUGUCAAUCUAAUUCUCUACAAAGUGUGACCGCUAAUUCAAAUUUCUAGAUCAUUUUCUUUCAGACACAUACCUACUACUUUUCUUUUCUGUAUUUCAAAAUCCCACACCUUUUUUUGUGAAGAAUAAUCACAAAAGAUUCGCGAAAAUAAAAUAAGUUACAACACGUGUUACAUGGGAAUACCGACAUUCUUAGUUUUUGGUGAGUAACAGGUUUCUACGUGUUUCAUACCAUGCACAACUGUAUUUCAACUGUACAUUAUUAUGCUUUGUCUGUAGGCGGUAAUGAAAUAACACAUACACACUGGAUGCACAAACAUGACACUGGGUAAAAAUGCAAUAAGUAAAGAUAAUGUCCACCACAAUUGUAUUAUAUAGAAAAAUAAAGAUUUAUGAGUAACAAGGAGACCCGUGUCAGUUUAAAUAUACUGCCAUUGCGAGAGAUUUAAAAAAGGCAAAGUGUUCUAAAGGAGAAAUUGGUCAAAACGGAUUGAUGAUACGUCAAAAUGCACUUUAUUGCGACUCGUUGUUUAGAGUUAUCGACCGAUACCAUACAUUGCUUGCCGCUAGAGGUCGCUCAUGUAAGCGACACAUAUAAUCACUGUAUAUAUUUAAUCAAAUCUGCAGUUUUGGUUUCAAUUGCAUAAUUUCUCAAUUUUACUUCCUUCUAGGCACUUAUAUAUUACUUAUCACGCUGCAAUAUCGGAGACAUCACGUGAAAGUGGAAACAGUAUAGGAGUUUUCAUCACUGCACACACAAACGCUUAAACAUAUAUGUGACACAAAUAUGAUCUGCGUACAUUUGUGAGUGAAGCAAUCGAGGAUGCAACUACAACACAGGGCAGGCCGAAGCAGCUUGUUUGUUCGUUUAUUGGAGUGGUUUACGUCCGCUUCACUACCGAGUUAUUCGGUCAUACAGCAGACGAUAAAAGCAGCUCAAUUUAAGCCAAGUUUGUACCGGUACAAUAAUGUUAUUUUGUUUGUGAAAAACUACCACAAAUGACACCUGUCAAAUGUUUAUUUUCUCUCCGUAUGAUGUCGCUGCGAGAGCCGGCAUCUUAUUUCCUGCGAAAAAUUUACAUUUGGAGGCAUUGAGUGACUAUCUUGUUGUGAAGAAAAGCAUCUCGGUCACUGGCACUUUGAACAUGUAGUGGACAAGAUCUUUGUACAUUUUUUUGUUUUGUUUUU